CAGGCGCCGCCGGGUGCCGCCGCGCGCCUCGCCGCGGCGGGCGCCGCUGUGGGGGCGGCCUGCGGCGCGCGGCGCGUCGCGCGCGCAGGCGCUUCUGCAAGGAUGCCUCGGUCCCGGUCGGCCACUGUCGCGCGGCGGGCGGUGGACGACUGGCCGGUGUCCUUCGUAGUGGGCUCCAACGCCCCCGAGGCGCUGCAGAAGGUGCAGUGGCCGUCUGAGUGGCCCUACACCCCCGAGGACUUCCGGCGUCAGGAGACGAAUCGGAGGACGAGGUGUUCUACGUCCAGCCUCGCCUCUGCCAGCACGUCUCGGCGCUUCAUUUCGGCCCUCCGAGAUCACUACGCGAGCACAUUCUCCAAGUACCCGGGCGCCAGGAUUUUGGAUCGGUCAUCUGCUCCAGCUGGAUCAGCCAUUACCCGGAUGAGAAGACCUGCGUCCCCCGAUCCAUGUGUCCAUCACAGGGAUGAACGAGUACGAGCUGCAGAACAACAAGCAGGCCGACGACAUUACACCGUGCGCAACCUGAACGUUGUCCCGGAGUUGCCCUACGACACCGAAUCGUUUGACAUUGUUACGUGCACGGUAUCUGACUGGGGCGGACCUGAACAAGCCUCUCGAGGUCAUGCAAGAGGUCUCGAGGGUCCUCAAGCCGGGUGGCCUUGUCAUCCUCUCCACGAGCAACCGCUGCUUCCCGUCCAAGGCGGUUCAGAUUUGGUUGCAGACGGGCGACAUCGAGCACUGCCUCAUAUAUGGAACUACAUACACUAUGCUGGGGGCUUCGGGCCGCCGGAGGCCCUCGACCUGGGCGGCCCCCUGGCGAGGCUCGGCAUGGACGACCCCGUGUUCGUGAUCCAGGCCAGGAGGGUGCCGUGAGUGCGGCCCGAGCGCCCGCCGGCGCGGGCCCGUGCGGCGGCCUUCGCGCGGCGCCGCGUGGCCAGAGGAUUGUCGCCUCCGCCGUCGUCGAUGCGAUGGGAGUCUGGUCCGCUGCCUCUCC